AGGCCUGGACUAGUAUAAGCUUGCGAACGCUCAGCCAUCAAGUCCCGGACCAUUCGCUGGAGGGAGAGCGUCUCUUGACGAUUCUGAGCUAGAGUCUCAUUCUGAAUGCGCAGGCUGUCAACCUGCUGUCGUAGUGAUUCGAUCGUUUCCUGAUCGUUGGACAUGGUAUUUGAGGGUUCCCCCGUCGCAGUACUCGCGUAGAGGGUGCUGUCAAUCAGUUUAGCUCCUGGUGUUUCCGUUUCCAGAUGUCCUGGAGGGUGUGGUGUCUGUAAGUUGUCUCCAAGCAGCUUCUGGAAAUGUUUGUCGAUGACCGUCUUUUCGGAAGCUGAUGGUGAAAUUGUAGGAGGCGAGAAAUGUACAGUAGUCACCUCUGCUGGACUAGGUCGGCUUCUGGUUGCGUAUAGUAUUCGGUCCGUAGGAGCUGGCGAUCCUGACACCAAUGCUUCUGGCUUCCACUGGUACCUCGGCGCUGGUGGUGCUGGAGGUGAUUCGACAGCAGCUGCCCUCUUUUCUUUCCGAGCUUGACGAAGUAGAGUCUCGGGAUCGUCAAGGAAGUUUUCGGGGUUACGAGAUGCUGCUCCACUCAUUCGAUGUGUCUGAGUAUAGCGUAGUUGAUUCGGUUUCGAAAGCAAGGGGUGAGAUAACAGAUCCGAACUGGGGGCUGAUGACAGAAUUGACAGAUGACCGAUAUGACAGAUUGACAGAUAUAAAACCGAAAGUGACUGAAGAGAAAGAAAAAAAAUUGUAGCGACUAGGAUUUGAUUGAAAAGUAGAAUCUUGUAUAUAACGUUGAAGUGAUCAAGUUAAAAAAGUGUAAGGUUUCAAUGAGAAACCUUCACUAGCGUCCGGAUAAGGUUCCGGCUCGACUUCUCGAGAGAGCACAACGGGACAAGUAACUUGGAACUUCGAUAUAUUAAUU